AUGGGCUGGCCUAAAACCGGAGGGGUAUGGGUGUCAACUUAUGAAGCUGAACCUGAAGGUGAUGCUCCCCUUCUUCCUGGAGAUAUUGGGCGACUAAAGCUAUGCUUUACAAUGGAGGAGAGAUGUGAAAUGCUCAAAACGCACUUCGAGGCCACCUUCUAUCCGAACGCAGAUGAGAUUAGCUACCUUGCCGAUCUCGAAAAACUGGCUAUCGCUAUUAACGCGACGACCAAAACUAAAUGGAAUUCGGACUGA